ACACCCACCACAGAUGAUAAAACGAUGACAGGAAGGGAAAUGCUUGAAAUAACUCUUAUCAUUUGUGGUUCAAAAUGGACAAAUGUGUGGUUCUUUUUGCAAUAAUAGGAAUUUUUGCCGUAAAUCAUGUACAUGCAAGAAGAAAUCGACCGGAGGAUAAAACUAAAUGCCCUGAAGUACGGGCUAUAAGGAAUUUUGAUUUGCAAGAGAUGCUAGGAACCUGGUAUGUCAUAGAAUACUACGCUAGUUCUGAGGAAGCGUUAUCCUAUAGAUGUAUGAGAGCCGAUUUCGCGAUGUCCAGUUUUGAAAACGUCAACAUGAAUUUCAACUACAGUUUCGUCGAUGAUCCUAUCAACGAAAUACUUACUGGGAAUAUUUCUUGGGUUAUGCCACAUCCUGAGGAACCUGCACACUGGGUCCAUUCUGAAGACACUUAUGAAGGAGUAUACAAUACCUACGUUUUAGACUCGGACUACAUAUCGUGGGCUCUCUUACUGCACUGCGCAGAAAAAUCCAAAGUGCCGAGAUAUCUCUCCAGUUUUAUAAUGAGCCGAGAUCCGACUUUAGGCAAGAACGUCAUAUCGUAUCUCAGAGACAAGUUGCCCAGAUACGAUAUAGACCUGUCAUAUAUGUUCGACAUGCAACAAUCAGAUUGUAAUUCGACUAUUAGUGAUAUUCCACCUUCGUUAUUAGUUAACAGACCAGUAGUGGCGAGUAGACGACAUCCUAUGAAACAUCAUCAUAAUGAGAAGGUAUACAAUAAAUCCGAUCACAAGCUAAAAGUAUCUUCUUGAAGACUCUUGGGAAUUGACAUACGAGCAAGAAUAUGUAACUGAGUCCCUAAAGAAGAAAACGUAUCAAAAUCAUUGGCAAACAUUUUUCUAUAAUAUCUAAUCUGAAAAUAAUGAAAAAAUAAUAAUUUUAUUUAAAUUUUA